GCCACCACUACCACAGUGGCACCGGCGCCCGCUGCCCGAAGCGACACGGCGCCUCUCCUCGACACCAUGGCCGGCUGGCCCCUCGUAGCCGCCGCCUUCCUCUGCGCCAGCGCCGUCCUGUGUGUGCCCGUGGAGCAGACGACCGCCGCGACAGUCACAACGGAACCUGGCCACAGUUUUGAACAGCCCGGUGCGGACGGAGAAGUGGGACUGCCAGUGAGUGAUGCCGAUGUGUCCUCUAAUGGAGUGAGACGACGAAAUGGCGCGGAACUGACGGAGGAAAACACGAUGGAGCCGACCACUCGGGAGCGUCUGGUUAUGCAGAGUCUGGGCGUGAGGUGCACCGCCGGAGACUUCCUCUCCUGCUUCAUGGUGGAGCUCACCGACUACUUCGACGGCUUCAUGGCCAGGAGUAACGUGAACCUGCUGCCUGGAGUCAAUCUCACCCAGGUGUGGCCAGAGCAGCCGCUGAACUCCAGCGAGGAAGAGGCGGCCGCGACGUCGCGGUCUGACGGCGACUCCGGGCCGUCGCUGCUGCAGCUGAUCGGCCGGAAGGUGUGGGCGUUCGCGCGCAGCCACGUGCUCAGCCUCGACUUGCGGCCCGUGGCGGACUUCGUGCAGGAAGCGCGUACGCGCGGCUUCCUUCGGAGCCUAGAGAAGGCAGUCGGGGCAGGUCGCAGCGAGAAACUCACCGUCGGCGGUAUCGACUUACCAAUCGGCAGCAGUGACAGCGGGAGCGACGACGAUGACGACGACGACGACGACAACGACAAGGACAACAGCACGAGGACGACGAUGACGGCGAUCGUGCUGAAGACGGUGGUGCUGGGCGUGCUGGCGCUCAAGGUGAUGGCCGUGCUCAUCGCCAAGGUGGCCGUCAUCAUGAAGGUGACGGCGGCCGCCGCCGUGCUCGCGCUGCUCUUCUUCCACGGCUUCCAGAAGGACAUCUCCUACCAGGUGGUGACUCAGCAGAAUAAGCCGGACUCUUAUGAACCCGACCCGCACUCCCAUCAGGAAGAGUACGGUGGUGAUUCGUACUCCAACAUCGGUGGUGGUGGCGGAGGUGGUUAUGGUGGUGGUUAUGGUGGCGGCGGCGGCGGCGGCGGCGGCGGCGGCGGCGGUGGCGGCGACUGGGGACGCAACGGAGCAGCACACAACAUGGCCUACAGGGCUCAGCGUCGCAAACAGAACGGUUAAAUCGUCGACCAUCUCUCAAAGAGUAAUGGAUGCCUUUUAUUGACCCAAGAUCUCAUUCCAGUGACAGAAACAUGGACCUGUUCACAAGGUAACAACAGAUAACACAGUGUUUUCCACCAGUACACCUUUUUUGUUGAGAAACAAAUGAGCAUCAAAACAUAUUUACAUAACAAGUGACUGUCAGUAUUAAUUCAGCUACACAUGGACAAUGGUGGAAGCCCAGUGGAAAGAUUGGCUAUUGAACUAGGCUCUCAAUUAUCUAUGCACAUUCGAAGCAUACCUACAAGGAAGUGUGAAGUGACUAUCAGAGUGGGAGCUGUGAAGAAGCAACACUGUGCGCAGAGAUAUACUGCUCUUCAGUUGUAAUGUGUGAGUGUUUAUUCCAUACACUCAUAUGGUAGUUCACACUGAAAUGUAUCACUCAUCGCCUUAUUUCCAUUUACAUCAUUAUUUAUUUAUUUAUUUGUUAUGAAACAGUUUUAUAUUAAACUGAAUAAUACAAAGCA